UUCCCUAAUUUAUUGCAAAUAUCACCACAUUUGUGCAUAAAAGAAACUCCAUCCCUUAAUAAACACUCGUUACCAUCAAAAUGCUGCGUUGUUUUCUUCUCUUUUCAUUCCUAGGGAUCACCCAUGCCCAAAGCUUCCACACUUUCAUGUCUUGCUCCCAAACCCCAUAUCCAGACCUCUGCUUCCAUUUCAUCAACCCGAAUCACAACAUACCCACCACCGACGUCCAUCAAUCUUAUCACAUCACUCGCUUUCGAAACUCGGCCAUUCGAGCCACUUUGAACCAAGCCAUGGUGGCCCAUCACCACCUUCUCUCUGCCAUGGAUUUAGCUUCCUUUGACGAUGACUACAGAGUGAAAUCAGCUUUAAUCGACUGUCUGGAACUCUACGAAGAUUCAAUCACCGAGCUCAAUCGCUCGAUGAUGAACUCUAUGGGGGCCCAUUCAAUUGACCACUUGACAUUGCUAAGUGCUUCAUUAGCGAAUCAUCAAACAUGCCGAGAUGGGUUUCGAGAUUUUGGAUUUUCUUCUCAUUAUUUGAAUAUCAUUUUUCCGCAUCAAAUUUUGAGUAAUUUCUCGAAAUUGAUCAGCAAUUCUCUUGCCAUCACCAAGAUCGCUGCCGUGACAGCUACUACUUCUUCCACCCCUUAUAGCCAGCGGAUACUAGCUGGUUCGUUUCCCAAGUGGGUUUCUGGUGAUGAUAGGAUGCUCCUCCGGGACACGACCGUGAAGCGCGCGGAUAUGGUGGUGGCCCAAGAUGGGAGCGGCAAUUUCAGAACGAUAUCGGAGGCGGUGGCCGCAGCGGCGGAGGUUAGGAAGGCAAGUGAAAGAAGGUUUGUUAUAUAUGUAAAAGGUGGGAUUUACAGAGAGAAUGUUGUGAUUAAGAAAACGUUGAAGAAUGUUAUGAUGAUUGGAGAUGGGAUGGGUGCGACGAUCGUUACAGCCAUGAAAAACGUCAAAGAUGGAUCAACCACUUUCAGAUCAGCCACUUUUGCGGUGGUCGGCGAAGGGUUCAUCGCCAAAGACAUGACGUUCGAGAACAGAGCAGGACCAGAGAAGCACCAAGCUGUUGCCCUCCGAACUAACGCCGAUCGCUCAAUUUUCUAUCGAUGCAGCUUCAAAGGCUACCAAGACACUCUAUACGCCCACUCCAACCGCCAUUUCUUCCGUGAAUGCCACAUCUACGGAACCAUCGACUUCAUUUUCGGCGAUGGCGCCUCUGUAUUUCAAAAUUGCAACAUCUUCGUCAGAAAGCCGAUGGAAAACCAGAAAAACACGGUGACGGCGCAGGCGAGGUCCGACCCGAAUGAAAACACGGGGUUUGUGAUACAUAAUUCCGUUGUCAGAGCGGCACCGGACCUGAAGGCGGUGGAGGGUGUGUACAAAACCUAUUUGGGUAGGCCGUGGAAGGCGUAUUCGAGGACGGUGGUAAUGAGGAACGUUUUGGAUGGGCUAAUUGAACCGGCGGGGUGGCUUCCUUGGGGCGGAGAUUUCGGUCUGAAGACGGUUUAUUAUGGGGAGUUUAAGAACAGCGGUGGCGGGGCAAGUACAAUGAGGAGGGUGCAGUGGCCGGGGUACCAUGUCAUGAAGACUGAGGCGGAGGCCGAGAGAUUUACAGUGGAAAGUUUCCUGGAAGGAGGAGGUUGGAUUCCGGGCACCGGAGUGCCAUUUGGAAAUGGGGUAUGAUUAUGAAAUAGAAAAAAGUUGAU